GGGUUCUCUCCCCCAUUCUUCCUCCUUUCUCACCUCCUUUCUCCUUCGGUGGACAUUCCUCAUACCCACGUGAAUUCCACAUUGCGUUCGACGAACCGAGAGGGAAGGAAAUAACGAAAAAUGGUCCUUUGCUCCGCCAUCAAAUUGGAGGAUCGGUUAUAAUUUUUUUCUCUUUUGAUAUCGUGUCAUUUCCCCAGGUGUUCGGCGCGGAGGCUGUCCCCAGCUUCCUUUACCCUACCCCCCCGCUAGCGAGGAUGCUACCUCCUCGUCGAUUCCGUCGUCGCAUUACCGCCAUUACUGCCUGCCUUUGUCUCGUCCUCCUCUAUCACUUCUCCCGCUUCCAAUCGAGCUUCCAUGGGCGACGCCGUGUCGGUUGUCCGCCCCUCCCAGGUAUGGACGAUGUGCUGGUGGUGCUGAAAACAGGUGUUACCGAGGCAUUGGACAAGGUCCCGGUGCACUUCCGGACCACCCUGCGCUGUGUACCAAACUACAUAAUAUUCUCGGACUUUGAGGAGGAAAUCAACGGCGUGCAGGUGCAUGACGCCUUCCGGAACAUGGACCCGGACGUGAAAGGGACCGUACCCGACUUCAGUAUCUAUAACCGCCUCGUGCAGCAUGGUCGAGAGGGCCUGGAGACUGCUGAUUUCGCCGACGAGGCCAAUUCCGCUAUCGGCAAGCCCAACAAUCCUGGCUGGAAGCUGGAUAAAUGGAAGUUCUUGCCGAUGGUCCAGGAAACGCUGCGCUAUAAGAACGAUGCAAAAUGGUACGUCUUCAUGGAAGCGGACACGUAUUAUUCGUGGGGGACGCUACUUGAGUGGCUGUCGCACUUCGACGCGUCCAAGCCGUGGUACAUUGGCACUGAAACCCAAAUCGCCGACGUCAUUUUCGCUCACGGCGGCUCGGGCUUCGCCAUCUCGAAUCCGGCCAUGCAGCGAGUCGCAAAGGCGUAUGCGGAGCGCAAUGUCGAACUGAACGAGUACACGGACGCCCACUGGGCCGGAGACUGCGUCUUGGGUAAGGUAUUAGUUGACGUCGACGUGCCAUUGCACUUUUCCUGGCCGAUCCUGCAGAACACCAACAUCGGCGAACUCGACGAGUUCACGACCGCUUUCUACCGUCGACCCUGGUGCUUCCCCGCCGUCGCAUUCCACCACCUGAGCGCGCGUGACGUGCAAGAUCUGUGGAACUUUGAGCAACACCGGUGGAGCAAAAAACAGAAAACCCUUCUUCUCCACGGCGACGUCUUCAAAGAACUCAUCUACCCGAAUCUCUCUCCAUUCCGCGAUAAUUGGGACAACCUCUCCGACGAGGAACACUCCGAAAUCACCACCUUCGACGAAUGCCAAUCACUCUGCAAGGAUAAGCCGGAUUGCGUGCAGUUCUCCUUCCGCUCCGGGUCUUGUUUUACGGGGAAGACGCCGAAGCUGGGCAUGUCUAGCUCGGAGGCGCGGUCCGGCUGGGUGAUGAAGAAGGUUGAGGCGAUGUUGCACGAUGCGCCGGCUUGUUCGAGUGUGGAGUGGGGAGCAGAGUGAUUUUACAAAUUCCUUUCCCCCCUGUUUCUCUUUCUCGUUUCUGAAUUCUUCGACACAUUGGUGGUGUAAAGUAUUGGGCGGUUCGCAGGUCGAACGUGGGUGAUGGGUUGGAGUAUACUUGUAUUCUCUUCGAGCUCAAUGCUGACCGGCAAGAUAUACGCUGGUCAGGUUGAAAUUGUACUAUAGACUACACUUCUCGCUGUGCUCAUCUUGUUUUGAUAUGUUUCUCUGGGCGGGGUGGGGA